UUAUCUGGCUAACUUUGACUGGAAUCACAAUGGUUUGUGCAAUCAGUGUUAAAUACAAUGCUAUAUUCACUGCCUGCAUUAUCUUCACGAUUAUUGGAAUGGAUUAUUGGGAAUUAAUUGGAAACAAGAACCUAUCUGUGAUAAACUUGCUACAACAUUUGGUUUCCUACAUUGGAUUAUUAUUACUCGUUCCAUCUCUUAUUUAUAUUGGCGUAUUCUAUGUUCAUCUCUCCAUCCUCAAUCAAAGUGGUCCCCAUGACGAUAUAAUGACUAGUGCAUUUCAAGCUACUUUACAGGGAGGGUUAUCGUCUAUCACGAAAGGCCAGCCAUUAGAAGUGUCCUACGGUUCACAGGUGACGUUACGUAAUACACAUGGUCAAAACUGUUGGCUUCAUUCCCAUAUGUAUAUAUACCCUAUAAAAUAUACAGAUGAGAGAGGUAGUAGUGCUCAACAACAAGUCACAUGCUACCCUUUCAAAGAUGUUAACAACUGGUGGAUUAUUAAAAACCCAGGAAGAUCUAGUCUUACAGUCGAUAACCCACCUAAAGCGGUAAAGCACGGAGAUGUCAUCCAACUGCUACACGGUACAAGUGGUCGAGCACUUAACAGUCAUGAUGUAGCGGCACCUCUAUCACCACAUUAUAUGGAAGUCUCCUGCUAUAUUGAUUAUAAUAUAUCACACCCAGCUCAGAAUCUGUGGAAACUGGAAAUAGCAAACAGAGACACAGAAGGCGAUUCAUGGAAGUCUAUUCAAUCCCGUAUUCGACUUGUGCAUAUGAACACAUCACAAGCACUAAAGGUUACUGGACGUCAGUUACCAGAUUGGGGUUUUCAUCAGUUUGAAGUUGCCACUGACAGAAUAUUGGCACAGGAAGGAAACAUAUGGAACGUAGAAGAACACAAGUAUACCAGAUUGCCUGAUCAAACUGAAUUGAACUUUCAAGAUAACUCAGACGUUGUAUCAAAAUUAACAUUCUGGGAGAAGUUAUGGGAAAUUCAGUGGAAAAUGUUGUUCGCAACAAACGAUGUAACUCAAGAACACCAGUAUAGUUCUGAACCCAACGAGUGGCCAUUCAUGGAACAAGGAAUCGCGUACUGGAUAGAUCAUAAUACUAACGCACAGAUAUAUUUCUUGGGCAAUCCCAUAAUAUGGUGGAUGUCAUCCGUAGGAAUUAUAGUGUAUAUCAUACUUAUGGUUGUUGCGUUUAUCCGAAGAAUACGACAAUGUCAAGAUUUAGAUGAAGAAUCUUGGGAGAGAUUUGUAACAAGUGGAGUGUUAUUUCUUGGCGGCUGGAUCAUUAACUACCUUCCAUUUUAUUUGCUUGAAAGAACUUUGUUUCUUCAUCACUAUCUGCCAGCACUUCUUUUCAAGAUCAUGUUGUUUCCAGUUGCUGUUGAAUUGUUCUCGAGGUACAUUCUGAGGUCCGGCUCUCAGCGCCAAUUAUUCACCUGGUUUCUUGUGCCUUGCUGUGCCCAGAUUGUAGUGACAUUCGUUAAGUUCAGCCCAUUCAGCUACGGGAAUCGUUCAGUAUCGUCAGAAGAAAUGGAGGAUUGUCGUUGGUUGGAUUCGUGGGAAUUUCUACAGCAUGGGAAAUUGCCUUAUUAAUCAAUCUAAUGAAGCAAUGAAGUUAAUUAUCAUGAAUACUGGGUAAAUUAUAUUUGUUACUGUUAUCGCUUCAGUGAAGUAAUUUAUUGAAACUGUUUUUUUUUUCAUGUGCAUAGCAUACCUUUUUUUUAGGUCGUUCAAACCUACAAAUAUUGAAUGAUCCCCACAUUUUAUUUUUUCAAUUUAAAAACUGUAAAUCUGUGUUAUCAAUGGAUUGGAUCGUAUGUAAUAUCUCAAAUUGCUUCCUUUUUGUUUAUUUAAUCAAACUAAUUAGUUAUCCUCCAAUUAUCAUUACCUAUAAAUCUUACAUGACCUUCUUUUAAAAUGUAUUUUACUGUGAUGUGUGUUACUCAGCUUUAAAAAAUGUCCAUUUGUCAAUGAAGAGAGAUGUCUAUUUAAAUCUGUAUUUUAACUCUUAAUUCUGUCCGAGAAUCCUGAAAUAGUGUGUUACAUUCAAGUUCUUUAUCAAUCAGCACAUCCACGCCGUUGAAUUAUAAAAAAAAAAAAAAAAAAAAAAAACGUUGGAAACACGUUGUCGUUGUAUUGAUAGAUUGAUUGUAAUCAUCUGAUUAUUCGUCCGUGUUAAAUCAAUUAUAAAUGGCUUACCCGAGGAUUUAAAAAUCCAUUGUCAUCAGCAUGUUGAUUUCUCACUCUGUUUCACAUGACACUAAUGUAUUGUGCCUCAGUAGUCGGUUGCAUUUACCUCAGCCCUGGGACGUUGCCUUGUCGUCAUUCUUAAUCUUAUCAAGAGGAAAAUUGCUUCGUUAUUAAAAACAAAUUGGUAAACGUCAGCAUCCCUAUUUUCACUUGACUUGGUCAUAACAGAGCAGGCUUAUUGAAUUUUGUUCACAUAGACAAAUACCCCACCAUAGAACAAUUGUGGCCAGAUUUUUGUGAUUUGAUUCUGUACAUAGUAACGUAUGUUUCCCCCUUGCGAUCCUAUCGCAUAUCACAGUUCCGUGUUUAUAAUAGUUAGCUGGUUGGUAAAUUUACCGCAUUUAUAAUGUAAAUGACAUUCGUGUUUAGUUUGUCAUCUUCAUGCAUUGAGUCCAGCAUGAUGUCCCUGCUGUUCCGGCGUUUUAAUCAUGGUUCUCGGAAUACAAUUACCCCUUAUCCUACGUUCUAGUCAUAUAACAGGAUUUCUGACAGUUAUAAAUGUAUAAAGAUAGGGUACAUGCUGAAUAUUAUGUAAUUGAAUACUGGUUACCUGUUAUUGUGCAUUUUUUUAGUACAAAUUUGAUGUCAUAACAUGCUUGCAAAAACAACAACACAAUUAUUGAUGGGACUCGAAAUGGAUUUUGUUGGAAGAGGAAUAUUCGAAUGUAAUUGAA